AUGCAUUGUCCAGAUAAGUCUCUACCAUCAAGCCGAAUUAAUCCCUACAGGAUGAUUAUCGUUAUCUGGUUGGUGGUUUUUGUGUUCUUCCACUACUGGGUGAUGCACCUGUUGAACAAUACUAGCCAAUCUGGAAAAACCUCAGUCUGCCCAUGCUCUCUGAUGUUUCUGAAAGCUGUCAUGGAAAGAAUGGAUCUUAACGGUAGUGGAAAACUUAAAGCCAAUAACAAGGCAACUGGCAACCAGUUAUCAAGACAACCGGUUAUCAAUAUCGGCGGGUGGCCCUCGGUCAAGGGAGGGAGGAGGCCGGCAAUGGGCUUGGCCCACGUGCGGAGAGGUACACGAGAGAUGUGGGAGCAGGGCCACGGGUUAGCUUCGGUCCAAGAGGAGGUUGAGGCUUGGGCUAGCAUCAGGAGCAAAUUUAGCCUAAGAGUUGUUAGGCUUGGGCUAGCAUUAGAAAGAGAUUUAGCCCACAAGUGCGUAGAAAAAUACUAUUUUUUACUUUUAUUGAAGCGUUAG